UGAAAUUGUUCAACGGCAAGUAACAUUAAAGAGUCUCAUUUGAUAUCGCAGUAUACGUAUAGAGUACGUUCACUUCCUGUUUGAAGUUGCACGUUUCGAUAAAGAGGUAGUGUGGUUGUACUUAAUAAAAGUUUUUAUUUGAAAAAAAAAUAACGUAUAAUGGCGAGUGCAACAACAAAAAAGGUUCAAGAAUACAAGGAUUCUCUUAAGACUAAGGCUGAACAGCUUUUAAUAACAGGAUUUCCAGAGAAGAUUGUUAAACUAAAUGAAUUAUUGGAAACACCUGAUUUCCGUAACCGUAAAUUGACAGAUGUACACCAAGACUUAAAUGUGCCCAUUCCACACCCUAUAGUUCUUAAUCAUUCCGAAGAUGGACCUCUUACGAAAAAAGCUAAAGUGGAUAAUAGUGUGGAUGAAACUAGCGGAACCAAAGUUAUGAUAUUACCUAAUGGACCAGUACCAUGUAAUAAACCUUUAUGUGAAUUAAUUCACGUAGUCAAACCUUACAUCAGGCAACUUUUGGAAGAUUCGAAUCUGUUGAAGAUGUGGAUUUCGUUUUUGAUUCCAAAAAUUGAAGAUGGUAAUAAUUUUGGUGUAUCAAUUCAAGAAGAUACACUUGCAGAAAUACAAUCAGUAGAAAGUGAAGCAGCUGCAUUCUUCGAUCAAAUCUCAAGGUACUUCAUUUCACGAGGAAAAAUUGUUAGUAAAGUUGCUAAAUAUCCACACAUAAUUGAUUAUAGAAGAGCUAUUGAAGAGUUAGAUGAAAAAGAAUAUGUGAGUUUAUGGCUGGUAAUGUGUGAAGUUCGUAAUCGCUACUGUUCGUUACACGAUCUCGUCAUCAAAAAUUUGGAAAAAAUCAAAAAACCACGCUCUUCCAAUGCGCAAUCACUCUAUUAAAAAUAAUUAAACAAAUAUUACCUGUAUAUGUGUGUACAGGAUCAUCGAAAUGGAAAAUAAAAGUAAUCGCAUUAAAGGAGCGUGCCUAAAACUUCAUGAUUGGAGAGAAUAUAAUGUUCAAUCAUUACCAUCCAUGCGCUAUCAUCAUCUUAGAUAUUAUUGACUAUAAUAACGUCUUGAUAUUAGUCCAUCAUUCUUUUUGACCAAUAACAGUACUAUGAAUAAAACACACACAUAGUUGCCUCAUACAUAUUACAUUGACAACAAAAUAUGUUCUAGCUUGUUUAUAUAUGCAAAAAUAAUUUUAUGUAGCUGAGACUAUUGUAAACAGUAAUAAGAAAGAACAUCAAAAACUAAUAUCGUUCUAUACUUUCUUGAUGUUAAAUACAAUAUGGUUCUAUAUUCCGAUGAUCGUUAGAGUGCUCAGAUGAUACACGUAUCACUGAUCUUACACAUUCAAUAUUUUCAUUAAACUUAUUAUAUUAUACAAAUUGAUAUGUUUAUUUUCAUUUAAAUCUCUUUAACAUUUUAUAUUUGUGACUGUAAUUAUACGAACAAUAAAUUUGUACUGCAAUUUCUUUGCUGAAUAUUUUUGAAAGAUCGUAUUAGAAUUUGAAUAGAGCAUGAAAAAAAAAAACAAGACAAUUGGUGAUUCGUGUAUCGUUUAUAGUUGUAAAAAGUAGGAUAUAGGAUUAUAUAUGUACAACUUUAAGGUUACUAAUAUUAUCAAUAUAUGCUAUUAUCAAUUCAGUAUUUACAUACAUUCAUUAUCAUGGAUUCAACUUUUGAAUUUUUUUUUUUUUUUAAACUAUUUCAUAUCAUCCGAGGUGUAAUGAUGGAUAAUAUAACAAGAUUGAUGUGUGAAAAGAUUUAUUCAAUGUUUUAAUAAGCGAUAUAUGAAAAUUUUAUAUAUCGAUGAUCUCUCUCUUUCUCUCUCUCUCUCUCUCUCUUUCUCUUUCUCUCAUGAGAUUUGUGAAUGUAUUCGAAACAACGUACUACCAGAAUUAUUUAAAUAAAAUUUCUUCAGUAAAUAAUUUCAAGUUUCUCUUUAGCCGUAAUAUAAAGUUUCUAAUUAAUUAAUUAUUACGUGUAACAUUUCUACUUUGAUUUCAAUUAGCAAUUGUUUGCCUUGUUCUCGUCGCGUGAUGUGAGAUGACAAAAGUGAAAGAAAAAUUAAAAUUAACGUUUUACCGAGAUUGUAAAUAUAAUAUAUAUUGUCUUAUAAACAUAAUGGAAAUAUUUUGGAAUGAUAAAAAAUUAUUUCUACGCUCCUCACAAACAACAA